AUGGAUAGUCAUCAGCUCCUAUCUAUCUAUCUAUCUAUCUAUCUAUCUAUCUAUCUAUCUAUCUAUCUAUCUAAAGUUGUCCAUUAUCUAUCUAUCUAUCUAUCUAUCUAUCUAUCUAUCUAUCUAUCUAUUGCAAUUUGCAUCUAUCUAUCGAUUUUAUUUUGCAUCUAUCUCACUAUCUCAAGUUAUCCAUUAUCUAUCUAUUGCAAUUUCCAACUAUCUAUUUCAAUUUUCAUCUAUCUCAAUCUGUUCAUUAUUUAUCUAUCUAUCUAUCUAUCUAUCUAUCUAUCUAUCUAUCUAUCUAUUCUGUUCAUUAUCUAUCUAUCUAUCUAUCUAUCUAUCUAUCUAUCUAUCUAUCUAUGUUUCGGCCUUUUAUGGGCAUUGUUUUCUUUGAACUUGCCCUUUUCUUUUCCCGAAUCUAUCCUCACAUUUUUAAAAAAGAAUCUAUCUAUCUAUCUAAAUAUAUCUAUCUAUCUAUAUAUCUAUAUAUUUAUAUCUAAUUAUUUAUCUUAUCUAUCUAUCUAUCUAUCUAUCUAUCUAUCUAUAUAUCUAUCUAUCUAUCUAUCUAUUAAUUAUCUUCUAUCUAUCUAUCUUAUCUAA